CAUUAUUUUAAUUUGGUUUUCGCGUACGGGAUCUCCACCUCCAUCAAACCACCCAAAAGAUUCCUCUGGAUGAAUGAGCAGGAAAGAAGCUCUGCGAAAAGAAUGGAGAAAAUGAGAGAGGUAGCUGAUGCCUACUACAAGGCCGGGGCCGAAGACAUUAAGCAGCUGGCACACGACUUCUUCAAUUCCAUGGAUCUGAAUGGAGAUCGAAGAGUGAUCCUGCGCGAGUACUUGGCUUUCACGGAGAAGAGAGGCUACAUCCGAAUGAGCAAUCAAGAAUGGUUUCGAAAGCUUGACAAGGAUAGGAAAGGGAGUCUGGGUUUCCAUGAUGUGAUGACUCUGUGCUACAUAGUUAAGAGUGGGAGACCAUUUUGCAAAGGGUGUGGAGAAUUUAUGAGUGGAGUGUUCUUUACUUGUGUGAAAUGCUUCGACCACUCUCCUAGCUGCUUCUCUGUGUGUCUUCAAUGCUAUGAAAGCAAUAAUAUAGAGCAUGAGCACAAAGAAUUUUUGGAUAACUUCGCAUUGCUUGAAGCCAAGCGGAGGAAAUCCCAAUUUCCGGCACUGAGGGCCACAGCCGCACAAGUUCAGACUCUCCUCAAGGAUUCUCAUCCUCAAGGCCCUGAGAUAAUGAAGGAGCUGCGCCAGAUUGCUACGGCCUAUUGCAGAAGCACAUCAGAAGACAUUAAGGAGAAGGAGAAGAUACGCAAGUUUUUCAGCUCAAUGCAUUAUGGAAAUCAUGAACGCGUGGCCCUCCAUGAGUUCCUAGAGUUCAUGAGGCGGAAAGCCUACAAACACUUGACCAAUAAUAACCUGGAUCUUGAGUUCAUGAAUACUCCAGAAUUCUUCAGGAAACUAGACAAAGAUAAAAAGGGACUCAACUUCUCCGAUGUAAAAACUCUCUACUAUAUCAUCCAAAGUGGAAGGCCAUUUUGCAAAGGGUGUGGGGAAUUUAUCGAGGGAAUGUUCUUCACCUGUGUCAGCUGCUUCGAGCGCGGUAGCACCUGCUUCUCUCUAUGUCUUCACUGUUACAAUGCCCAAAAAUUUAUCCACAGCGCCACCCAUCAUCUGUUUUUGGAUAACUACGCUUUGCUUGAAGCCAUGAGGGAAACCGCUUGGAAAGCCAACAGACCAAAGACUCAUGUGAAGGUGAAUGAUUCAAAGCAAAGUGCCUCCCUUGCCAUGUUGCUAAAGAUAGAUACUUCAGAGGGAAGCACUUCUUCACCUGGUCCUAUUGUCCCAUUGAAUAACAAACUGCCUAAUUUCACUACAAAGCCAAACACUUCUUCUCUUGGUCCAAUUGUGCCAGUGAUUAAUAAGCCAAGCACUACAAAAGCAAUCACUUCUUCAGCUCAUUCUCUAGUAAAAGUGAUUAAUAAGACUACUAGUGCAAAGGAUACAUUCGAAGCCUUGGAAGGAGCCAUGAAUAUGGCGAUCGCAGCUGCAAUGACUGUUUCUGGUUUUUCUGCUGUCUGUGUCAUUCUGUGAGAAAUCCAUUAGUAGUCAUUCUGCUCCAUCUCUAUUAGAAAUUUACUAAGCAUUAGAUUUGUGUAGGCUUGCUAAGCUAUAAUAAGGUAUGAACAUCCACAGUUUGUGUUAUUCCUUUAAUGUGAUAUAUCUAUUUUUAUAA